AUGGAGUUCGCAGCCGACUAUAAGAUGAUUACUGACCUCAUGCCCAAAUACGAUGGGAACCCUAAAAGAUUAAACUUUUAUUUAAGAGAAGUUGAUAAUUUAAUGGGACUUAUCCACCCAACAGCGGAUGCAGGCUCUCUAGCUAUAGUUUGUCUUAUAAAAAGUCGCCUUAGUGGUGCGGCGAUUGACGCGAUAGCUUAUGAGGAGUCAUUAAACAGUUGGCCCGAUAUAAAACGCGUUCUACUAACACGUCUAGGAGAACCUAGGAACGAGAUUCAAGUUAUGCAAGAGCUCACACGUAUCCGUCGGAAUAAAAACGUGGAUGCGGAAUCCUUCGGUAAAAGGAUUAGGACCUUUUAG